AUGGCUGUCGACGUCGAGUCGAUCCUGUGCGUUGUGUUCGGUUUCUCGUUGAUCCUCUCGUCGGAUCGAGCGGACGCGCGACCGCGGCGCGGUGAUUACGAAUUUUCCGUGCAACGAAAAUACAAUUGUUCGCCAUUGGACAACGAGAGUUGGUCCGUGGAAGAAGCAAACCAGAAAAUAAACAGAUUCACGAACGAAACGGAGACUACCAACGAUACGGGCGAUGGUUUCGCGAUCGAAUCUGGAACGUCGUUUGACAGGAAUGCGGAAAGAGGAUUUUCUUUUGCCGAUAUCUUCGAGUCGAUGUUCUCGGCGGUGGUUAACGGCAUCGGUUCCAUCAUGACUAGUAUUAUCGGUGCAGAGAAAAGUCCCAAGUCACGGUCGUCCAGAGUCAGUUACAGGAACCAUCAGCUGAUCAGAUUGUUCCCCAGCACGGAGAACCACGUGACCGAUCUCAGGGACCUCAGAGAGAGCGAACCGGAAGACAUCAAGUUCUGGACGCAGCCGUUUUAUAACAAAACGAUAGACGCGGUCGUCGCGCCAGAUCUUAUUCCCGAUGUCAAAGCGUUUCUUAGAGACAGAGGGAUCGACUUCAAAAUACUGAUACCGGAUAUUCAGAAAACGAUAGCCUAUCAGAAUCCAAAAAUGUCGAAGGAGCAGCGCGAGGACCUCGUCACCACUCAAGGUCACAGCAUGACUUGGAAAAGGUAUCAUCGAUACGCAGAUAUCAUACGGUACUUGGAGUACCUAGCCUUCAAGUACUCGAAAAUGGUAGAGCUGAUAACUAUAGGUCACAGCUACGAGGGACAGCCCAUAAAAAUGGUGAAAAUUUCGACUGGCCUCAACAAAGAAGGAGAGGCGAAGUCGGCGGUCUGGAUAGACGCUGGCAUGCACGCACGCGAGUGGAUCGGCUCCGCCGUGGCGACCUACAUCGUAAGCCAGCUGGUAGAGAAAAACGCGAGCUACGCGAAAUUACUCGAUAAUUCGGACUGGAUGAUCCUGCCUGUCGCUAAUCCGGACGGAUACGAGUUUACUCACACCGGGGAUCGUCUCUGGAGGAAAACGCGAAGCAAUCAUGGCGAAAACGAAGAGGGUAGUCGCUUGUGCUUUUAUUUCAGCCUUCUUCGACUAAUGAACCAUUACGCCAGGUGGUUCUGGGGCAAGUGCGAGGGCGUCGACCCGAACAGGAACUUUGGUUACCAUUGGGGUGAAAUGGAGAGCGGUGGAGCAAGUUCUGACCCCUGUGACGAGACCUACGCUGGACCACACGCGUUCUCGGAGCCGGAGACUAAAGCAAUGGCCGACUACAUCCUCGCCAACAAGCAGAAAAUUAGAAUGUAUUUAACGCUGCACUCUUACUCGCAAAUGUGGCUGGUUCCGUGGGGAUACACGUACUCCAAGCCUUCCGAUUAUUCGGAGCUGGCGAACGCUGCCAAGAAAGCGAUAAACGCUAUUUCGAAGGUUCACGGCACCGAUUAUCAACUUGGUCCAUCGUCCGAUCUGUUGUACCCCACUUCAGGUGCUUCUGAUGAUUGGGCCAAAGGUGUAGCUGGAAUUAAGUACGCCUACACGUUGGAACUGAGAGAUCGUGGCACUUACGGAUUUCUACUUCCGGCGACGCAAAUAGUGCCCACCGCCCGCGAGAUUUGGGCCGGAAUAAGGACAAUCGUUCGUCUGGUUACUUGCAAUACGUGA